UCUUACUUUUUAAGUAAAGGUGGCAAUCGGCCUUUCUAACCAAAAUCGUGUAUUUUUCGUUUCGGUUAAUAGAUCGAAAUCCCAUGCUCCUCUGAUUUCACCCAACUCAGUGUCUGAUUCAAGGAAUCGGCGACAAUUUUAGGGCUAGGCUUUCAAUUUUGGAUGCAGAAAACCAAAUCCAUCAGCCAGUCGAUCUUUCUUCUCAUGAUGCAUUUGGAAUUCUGAAGCAUUAAUACUGAUGAAGAAGAUUGGACGAGAGGCUUUUGUUAAUUUGACCCUGAUUCUCAAAUACUCCCAAUUCCCAUGGACAACCGGAGUAGCUGCUGUAUUUGUUUUUAUCAGUCUCACCCUUUCCAUUUUCCUCUUACUCCAGCACCUAUCUGCUUACAAGAACCCCGAGGAGCAGAAGUUUUUGUUGGGUAUUGUACUCAUGGUACCUAGUUAUGCGAUUGAAUCUUUUGUAUCGCUAUUGAAUCCAUCAAUAAGCAUUGCGGUUGAGAUACUCCGAGAUUGCUAUGAAGCUUUUGCAAUGUAUUGCUUUGGGAGAUAUCUUAUUGCAUGUUUGGGGGGUGAAAAAAGAGCAAUCAAUUUCAUGGAGAGGGAAGGGCGUGCAGGUCUUAAAGGCCCCUUGCUAGAAAAACGUUCUUCAAAGGGAAUCAUUACACAUGUUUUUCCAAUGAAUCUAUUCUUACAACCAUGGCAACUAGGUCAAAGGGUUUACCAAAUCAUGAAAGCAGGGAUCGUACAAUAUAUGAUUAUAAAAGCUGUUACAGCUGUUUUAGCGGUGGUUCUUGAAGCCUUUGACGUAUAUUGUGAAGGAGAUUUCAGAUGGGAUUGUGGGUACCCUUACAUGGCUGUUGUUUUGAAUUUCAGCCAAUCAUGGGCUUUAUAUUGCUUAGUUCAGUUUUACGAAAUAACAAAGAAAGAACUCGCACAUAUCAAUCCACUUGCUAAGUUUCUGACAUUUAAAGCAAUUGUAUUUUUGACAUGGUGGCAAGGUGUCGCUAUUGCCCUUCUCUAUUCUUUUGGUUUUAUCAAAAUUCCAAUAGCUCAAGAGUCGCAAUUUAAAUCAUCUAUCCAGGAUUUUAUUAUUUGUAUUGAGAUGGGCGUUGCUUCUUUGGUUCACAUAUACGUGUUUCCUUCAGAACCCUACACGUUAAUGGGAGAUCUUUUCCAUGGAGAUUUUUCUGUUCUUGGUGAUUAUACUUCCGAUUGUCCUCUAGAUCCUGAUGAAGUUAGAGACAGUGAACGCCCCACAAAAUUACGCCUCCCAAGACAUGAUCCUCGUGUGAAGAACAAAACCGCCAUUAAAGAGAGUGUUCGUGAUGUUUUUGUUGGUGGUGGUGAAUACAUUGUGAGUGAUUUGAGGUUUACAGUGAAUCAAGCUGUGCAACCAGUAGGGAAGGGGAUCACGAAGUUUAAUGAAAAACUGCAUAAAAUCUCUCAGAAUAUGAAGAAGAAUGAUAAAGGAAGGAGAACGAGAGAUGACAGUUGUAUUGCUAAAAGUAGAGAAAUACGUGGAAUAGAUGAUCCGCUUUUGAAUGGGAAUUUUAGCGACAGUUGUGGUGAUGGUGCUGUCAAGAAAACAAAGAGGCAACGAAGGACAUCAGGAUACAUGAGUGCAGAAAGUGGCGGUGAGAGUAGCAGUGAGCAAAGGGUGAGCUGUGAUAGGUAUCAAGUUCGUGGAAGUAGAUGGGUUACAAAGGAUUAGUAUAUGCAUUAACUUGAAAAAGACUGGAUUAAUGGAGAAAAGGAAUACAUGGAGAUCAAUAUAUGAAGAGAGAGCUGAUAUUAUGGAAGCUUUUGCUUUAAAGGUGAAGUUUUUGAGUGUUUUUUUUUGGCUAAGAUGACACUCAAGAGGGCUUGUAGAUUCUUAAUUAUGUGUUGAGCUUGUGUUGAUCAAUGUGCUUAUUUUCUCCUCAAUUUUGAUCAUGUUGAGAUGAUUUGGAUGUGGAGUCUUGGAACAUUAUAAUAAAUUUAGAAAUUCUUGUA